AUGGCUCAAGAAACCACAUAUCCAUAUACUAUGCAAGAAAUUACUCAUAGACCUUCCAUUGAAGCUGAAACACCCAGAAAACGUGCCUUGGCAACCCAGGCACAGCACCCAGAAAUCAGGAGGAUGGACAUUAAAAUUGCAUCAGUGAAAACUCCCCCCAGAUAUUUAGAUGAGAGAAAUAGAAAACUCAAGGAUGUUCCUGCCCAAGUAAGACACUGUACGUCAAGAGAUAUCACGUUAGGAUUAUCACGAGAUGAGAAAUAUGAUCAUUGGACUGAAGAAUCUCCAGACGGUGUAACAACCACAACCAGAACAGCACGACAAGUGAUCCAGAUGUCAUCAUCAACUACUGUUGCACCUCGUGAAGAUGUUGCUGGUGAAACAGAAAUUAUAACUGUCGAUCAAAUAGACAGUGAAUUUGUUGGUGAGAAACUAAUUGAAAAACCUCUCCCUAAAGGACAAAAGAUUCCACCUAAGGUUGCUGAAAAGCCAAAAGGAAGAGGCAAGCGAAUUGAUUCGCUUGAUAAACCAAUAAAAACGGAAUCGCCCUCUAAGUUGAGAAGAACAGAGUCUCCAGAAAAGAAGAAAUCUGAGUCUCCAGGUAGGAAGAAAACUGAGUCUCCUGAAAAGAAGAAACCUGAGUCUCCAAAAUCAAGAGUAAGCAAACUUACUAUAAAACCAGAAUCACCUACAAAAGGCAAGAAAGCUGAGUCUACAGAGAAGAAACCUUCAUCACCAAUUACAACAAGACAAGAAGCAAAAGUUGUACUACAAUCUCCAAAAUCAAAGUACACAUCUGAACUUCCACAAUCUCCUGGUAAAGUUACAAUACCCAGUGAUAAAAAACCGGAUUCUCCAACUAAAAAGAAAAAACAACCACCUAAAGCUGCUCCAAAGCCGACUAAGAAAGUUAAAGAACCUGAAGUGAUACUUGAUGAAAGUCCAGCUGUGAAACAAACUGAGAUCACUUCACCACUAAAGGAAUCUUUAACUGGAGAUGUCUCACAAUUAGAGGUGACAGAUCUUCAUACAGAUGGCAAACAACCAGAACAGAUUUCACAGACCCCUGAUAGCGGCGUUGAUCCAGCAUCUCCCAAAUCACCAGAAGUGCCUAUUAGACGUCCUCUUAGUCCAGGAGAGAAAGAAUUUACAAUCACAACUCGGAGUACAAAACAAAGUCCAGAUGAUAAAUCACUCACUGAAAUUCAGGAAAUUAAAACAGUGGAGUAUGAAGAACCUAUUGAUAAACCUGCAACACCAACAUAUGUUAGUCCUGAGUUUGAACAUAAGGUACCACAGCAGCCCUAUGAAGAAACUAUCACAACUGAAAUUGUUGAAAGGUCAAGUCUUGAUGAUGCAGGAUCUAGACCUCUUUCCCUUAUGUUGGAGGAUUUUGAUAGUACUGAUGAGCCACACAGAACACCUGAUGAUAUGAAGAAAAUCACACAUGAAGACAAAUUUUUAAGAAAUUUACAAAGACACCAUCAUAUGAUGAGUCAGUGA